UUCCAUAGCGGCGGCGGCAGGAGGUGUCGCGCCAGGGAACUUCCUGGUUCCCGGGCUCGGCUUUGCCGGGAGCCUCCUGGAAGGGAAACAAUGGGGCGGAGGGCACUGCGGUAGCCACCGCCACCGCGCUGGACCCGCUCGGCCUCCCACGACUGACCGCCGCCGGGACCGCCCUGAGAACAGGAUAUGUAUUCCUCUGAGAAACCCUGGACCGUAGACUUUGGUUUAAUACUGGAUUGGGACAACACACAGAGACUUUUCCAGUCAUGAAUUCGGACCAGGAUGUAGCAAUCAAACUUGCUCAGGAACGAGCUGAAAUAGUUGCUAAAUAUGACAGAGGGCGAGAGGGUGCGGAAAUUGAGCCUUGGGAAGAUGCUGAUUAUCUUGUUUACAAAGUCACUGAUAGAUUUGGCUUUUUACAGUAAGUCACACAGUGAGGAGGAGCUCCCAUAUCAUAAUGCAGCUGCAGACCGGCAAAAGCAACUGGAAAUUGAAAGAACUACCAAAUGGCUGAAAAUGCUGAAAGGAUGGGAAAAAUAUAAGAAUACUGAGAAGUUCCACCGACGAAUUUACAAAGGAAUUCCACUCCAGCUCCGAGGCGAAGUCUGGGCUCUUCUUCUUGAGAUCCCUAAAAUGAAAGAAGAAACAAAAGACCUUUAUAGUAAAUUAAAACACAGAGCACGAGGUUGUUCACCUGACAUCAGACAAAUAGACCUUGACGUGAACCGCACAUUUAGGAACCAUAUUAUGUUUAGAGACAGAUACGGCGUUAAGCAACAAUCCUUAUUCCAUGUUCUUGCUGCAUAUUCUAUCUAUAAUACGGAAGUCGGGUACUGUCAAGGGAUGAGCCAGAUAACAGCCCUACUCCUCAUGUACAUGAACGAGGAAGACGCCUUCUGGGCCCUGGUCAAACUCUUCUCAGGCCCCAAACAUGCUAUGCAUGGCUUUUUUGUCCAAGGUUUUCCUAAACUAUUGAGAUUUCAAGAACAUCAUGAAAAAAUUCUGAAUAAAUUUCUGUCCAAACUUAAGCAACAUUUGGAUUCUCAAGAAAUCUACACAAGUUUUUAUACAAUGAAAUGGUUUUUUCAGUGUUUUCUUGAUCGAACUCCUUUUACGCUGAACCUCAGGAUAUGGGACAUCUACAUCUUUGAAGGAGAGCGAAUUCUUACUGCUAUGUCUUACACAAUCUUGAAGUUACACAGAAAACAUCUAAUGAGAUUGUCUAUGGAAGAACUUGUAGAAUUUCUUCAGGAGACGCUCGCCAAGGACUUUUUCUUCGAGGAUGAUUUUGUAAUCGAGCAACUUCAGGUUUCUAUGUCUGAACUAAAGCGGGCAAAAUUAGAUCUCCCAGAACCUGGUAAGGAGGAAGAAUACCCAAAGAAACCCUUGGGACAGCUUGCACCCGAGUCUAAUUCUGCUUGUAUUAGUCAGUUGAGCAAUGGACAAAGAAGUGUUGGCAGGCCCAGCCCCCAGCUAAGCAGCAGAGGAGAAAGUGGAUCACCUCACAAGAAGCAUGAGCAUUCCCCUGCCCACCACAGCAGAACCAGUACCCCAGAAAGAGUCCGGCCACCAAGACGGAAGUCAGUGGAUGACGAUAGUAAACACCUGAAGCCUUCGUCAGGUCCACAGGACAGUUCCAGACACUACAACCAUGCAGCUGCUAACCAGAAUAGCAAUGCAAUUUCAAACAUCAGAAAGGAAUUUAUGCCCAAAUGGAAAAAACCAUCAGAUGCCUCAGUGAUUGAAAGAACUGCUAAAUAUGCCAUCGAAGGCAGAAGUCAUUCAGCGUACCCCACUCCUACAGUUGCCAUUCCAGGUUCUGCUGAGACCCGAAUGUCAAACUCAAGGCAGAAGAUGAAGUAUUUUGAUGGCAGUGAUGGGAAGCGGGGUUCUAAUGCUUCCCAGUAUGACAAUGUGCCUGGGGGUGAGAAUGAAAACGGAGCCUCUGUGGAAGAGGCCCCAGAACGGACCCACCCUCACAAUCCAAGAAAGCACACUGAGCCAAAUUCCAGCCCAUCAAAAGUAUCCAACAAGUUUACUUUGAAAGUACAGCCUCCCAGCCAUGUGCGAUACCCAUCCCAGUUAGAAGGGGAGGAGCACAGAGCUGCAUAUCCACCCUCCUACAGCAACCCCCCUGGUUACCAUGGAAACUCUCCAAAACACAUACCUGUUGCCCAGAGCAGCUUUGUGUCCCCACAGAUCAACCCUGGGACCCAAAUUAAUCCUUCCAGGAGACUGUAUGGUUCUUCUCUUUCAGUUGAUGUUUCUCCAGAGAAAUCUUACAGCCGCCCAACUCCUGUUGUUCUACCAUCCAGUCGAAUUGAAGUUCUUCCCAUUGACAUUGGUGCUGGGAGAUAUACAGGUAGUUCAGGGUCACCAAAGAAUGGAAAAUUCAUCCUUCCUCCAGUGGAUUAUUUACCAGAGAACAGAAAAUGGUCAGAAGUUAGUUAUACAUACAGACCUGAGAUGCAUGGACAAUCAUGGACUCGAGAUGCUAGCCGUAGCCACUUAAGCAAUUUACCAAAAUACUCAGCCUUUCAACACAUACCUUUUCAGGACCAUGGCCUUCCAGAAGUAUCUGUAGAUAGUCCAGUGAGGUAUAUAAUUAACCCAGCUGUAGAAGAUGCCAGUCCUCCUGGGUAUCAAUAUGUAGGUCCCUCACCUCCAGCACAUCGCUACAGAAAUAGAGAGGGACUUUCUAUUCAAGAGUCAGUGUUGCUGUGAGAGUUGGCUGUAUUCACUGAAGACAAAAGAACAGUAACCAUGUGAUAGCCACAUUGCUAUGUUUAUAGUUGCCAAAGCAGUAUUUUAUACUAUUGUAAACAACUCGUGCAGUUCCAGUGUAUGUCAGGAAGAGUGUGUGGAAGUGCUUUAUCUCCAUGUAGAUGCUGCUGAGAUGAGUGUUUAACUUGCAUCGUCACGGAAACGUAAUAGGAGAUGAACCUGGAAACAUAGCAAUAGUUUUUAGGGAUGCCCACACAGUGAGGCUUUUUAUUUUGUUUCCUUCAUAUCUUUCCUUCAGACCUGAAUGUUUCACUCUGUUGAUACAUUCUGUUUUGACCACUGUCAGAAAGCAUUGACACACCAGAGGAGAUGUUCUGAAGGCUAUCACUCAUUUUUUAAUAGGUGUGACAUACACCUGUGCAUACAGAUUUUGAUCACAGAACUUAGAAAUGUUUUUUAAAACUAUCUUUAACCUAGAUCCAUGGCAUAACCGUGUUUCCCCCCUUAUCUUUCUACCCAUCCUGCCCUGGUCAUAUUUCAGCAUAGGUUCUAAACUGAAACUGACUAAAAAAAUUGUCCUUACUUUAUGAAUCCUACAUCUCACAGAAUGUCAUUCUCCUUCUGUUACUGCCAUUGUAUCCUUACCUGAAAAUUAAAGACACUGGGGAGAAAGGCUAACCACUUAUGGUGCUAAAAAUGUGGGUCAGUUAGCUUGAGGGUGUGGCUGUGGCACAGGCUCACUGUGUCCUCUCACCUCCAGCUGUCUCAGUGCCCUGUGCCCUUGGCUCUGGUCUUGACGGAUGCAGGACACUGACCGCAGAAGGAGUUGGAAGUCACAGUCCUUGCAGCACUCUGGGCAGUGGAAGGUUGGUUUUCAGGUUCAUUUGAAAGCAGCGUUAGCCAGACUGCUAUUCCUCGCUCUGCUUCAGUUUCUCAGAGCCCCAGGAGAACCGCUCACAUGGGCUUCUUCAGACACUCAUUCUUUACUGCGUAUAGUGGAUGGGUAUUGCUACACUUACUGGGCCAUUACAUUAUCCUGGUCAAAAUUGUGAAAAAUACCCUAAUAAGCAUCUAGAAUUUUGAUCUUUGUAAAAAAAAAUAGUAUGUUUCAUAGUUUUUGAUAAAUAAUUGAGGUUCAUGGUUUAAAACAAUUAAAAUAUGCUAUUGUACACUACUGUCACCACGACAUAGACAACAUGGUGGGGUCCUUAAGAGAGGGUGCUCUGUGUGGAGGCUUGUCUCAUUGUUCCCUUCUUGUAUCUGAAUCAGAAAGGAGAAAGUCCAACAGUGAUUGUCCCCUUCCUCCAUGUUGGGGAUAUAAGCAUUUGAGGUACAAGAAUAUGUCUUAAGAUGAAAGCAACAUUUGUUUAGCUAGUGAACGUGACAAUAUUUUUAAUGUAUAUAAUGAUCUUAAUGUAAUUAAUCAAUGUGGUAAUGAUGUUAGGUGUGGAAACAGAUGCAGCAUAUUAAAGGUGACACCACACUGAAACCCCAACCCCUGACAAAAUAACCAGGCUCUUGAUUUAGAUCAUGUGGAAGGUGAGAAAUAAAUGUAUAGAAAUGUAGCUGAGGAUAUUAAUUACAGUUCUUAAAGUGUGACUUUGUGGCUUACAAGGAACCAAGCUGUACAAUUUAGUUUAUGAUGGCAGCAUCUAUGCCUCUCCAGAAAGUAUAUAUCAUAGUGGUAAAUAAUGUAGAAUAUAUAUAUAAAUGCAAUAUAUAUAUAUAUACACACACACUAUUUUCUUAUGUCAUUUAUGGCAUUUUUUAUCUGUAUACUUUUUGAUGUGAUUGUUUUUAACAUGCUAAAAGUAAUAUGCAUAUUUUGUUCUGUGUCUUCUCUGUGCCGUUUUCACGUGGCAAGUGCUUUGUUCUGGUGCUUGCAGGGCCAGCAGAUGUCUUCUGUGCUUCCCCACGGUGUUUUACAUGCGUUGCAGUUCAGCUUUCAUCUCCAGUGACACCAUGUUUAGAACCACAUCAUCUUCCCUUGGUUGAAGUAUUAUUAAAGGCAAUAAGGUCUUCCCCACUAUAAAAUGUAUCUCUGUUGGUUUUUAAGUAGCAAAUUUUAAUUUAAAAUUAUUUUGCCACUAUACAGUUUUAUUAUUUAAAAUUUUUUU